AUGCUCGAUAUCAUCAGAGACGCGCCUUUGGGGCAGUUCCUUCGAUGGGUCACUCAUGACCGAAUGCUUCUAUAUCCCGACGAACGGGAAGGUUUCGUGCUCCCCAAGCUGGCAUCUGGCGCUCCUCUUGAGAAGGACGUCCCAGAUCCUGAAGAGUCUGAGCCCGUGACAGCCGAGCCGCCGAAAGCAGAAAAGCAGGAUCUUGAAAAGAAUGACCCUGAAAGGGUCGACGAUGGGCAAUCUGGGCCCGAGGUGGCAGAUCCCGAGAAGACAGAGUCUGUCGGCGGACCGUCAACGCAUCCACUAACGCGGCUCGAGGGAGAUGCUGCUCUAGAACCAACUCUCUCGCGACAGCAUAGUCUGCUCUUUACCGAGGAGAGAUUGGCCCUGGACCAGCAGCUUGAGCUAGAAAAGACCAAGAGCAAGCCUAUAUCACUCCAUAAAUCCGCCGACGGCACCAUUCUCGUUGAUUGGUAUACGACCGACGACCCAGAGAAUCCGCAGAAUUGGACGAAGGCGAAGAAGCUCUUUGUGUUGGUUCAGAUCUGCCUGUAUACCUUUGCCAUGUACGGAGGCUCUAGCAUUUACGUCGUAAGCGAAGGAGGGGUCAUGCAGAGAUUCGGUGUGAGUGAGGCGGCGGCAGCAAUGGGCCUUUCCAUAUACGUUAUAGGAUACGGAGUUGGCCCCUUGCUAUUUGCGCCCCUCUGCGAGAUUCCUGCCAUCGGCCGCAAUGGAGUCUAUACGCCUGCCUUUAUCCUAUUCGUCAUCAUCUGUGUCCCGACUGCGGUCGUUGACAACUAUGCCGGUCUGUUGGUCCUCCGAUUCCUGCAGGGCUUUCUGUGCAGCCCUUGCCUAGCAAAUGGUGCCGCCUCAGUCGGCGACAUGUUCUCCCUCUUGAUGCUCCCAGUCUAUCUCUCUUCCUGGACAGCCGCCUGCUUCUGGGGCCCUGCCCUCGGACCAGUUGUCGCGUCCUUUGCCGUGACUGCCGAAGGAUGGAGAUGGUCACUGUGGGAACUGCUCUGGAUGAGCGCACCAAUUCUGGUCGUCUACCUUAUCGCCUUCCCCGAAACCUCCGGUGCCACGAUCCUUCGGCGACGGGCUGCACGCCUUCGAAAGCUCACGGGCAGGACAGACCUGCGCUCCCAGAGCGAAAUCGACCAGGAACACAUGAAGUACUCGGAAGUCUUCUUUGACGCCAUCAUCAAGCCGCUGGAGAUCAUGAUCAAGGACCCUGCUGUGGCGUACACGAAUAUCUACAGUGCUCUCCUGUAUGGGGUCUAUUAUUCCUUCUUCGAGGCCUUUCCGCUCGUGUACGUGGCCAUCUACGGCUUCAACCUCGGCGAGCUCGGCUUGACCUUUCUCAGCAUCGGCGUGGCCUGCAUGAUCGGAGUCGUCAUCUACAAUACCUAUCUGCUCGUUUACCUGGUGCCUGACAUCAUAAAACACGGCCUCCGAGCGCCGGAGCAUCGCUUGGUGCCCGCGUUGUUCGGCGUAUGUACACUGCCCGCAGGAUUGUUUAUGUUCGGCUGGACCUCCCGCCACGGCGUGCACUGGAUUGUCAGCCUCAUCGGCGUGGUCAUCGUCGUAGGCUCCAACUUUGUUAUUUUCCAGUGCAUCUUCGUGUACCUACCGUUAUCCUACCCGCGCUACACGGCCUCCCUGCUCGCGUCCAACGACCUCUUCCGCGCCCUCUUCGCCGCCGGCUGCGUCAUCUUCUCCAGGCCCAUGUUCAAAAACCUCGGCAUCGGGCCCGGCAACAGUCUGCUCGCAGGCCUCUCCUGUGUUGGCCUUGUGGGCAUGUUUCUGCUCUGGAGGUUUGGCGCAAAGCUCAGGGCGAGGAGUAAGUUUGCAGUCAGUUAA